AUGCGGAUUAAUGGCACUACCAUGUCUGCCCUAGCAAAUCACUUUGAAUCGAUUUCAGGGGCUAUAACAAUACGUGCCUUUGAGGAACAAGAUCGUUUCUUUGCUCAAAAUUUGGAGCUAGUCGACAAGAAUGCUAGUCCAUACUUUUAUAAUUCUGCAGCUACUGAAUGGUUGAUUCAGCGCCUGGAAACAAUGAGUGCUGCGGUUCUUUCUUUUUCUGCCUUUGUCAUGGUUCUUCUUUUUCCAGGAACUUUUAGCCCCGGUUUUGUUGGAAUGGCAUUCUCUUAUGGUCUUUCCCUAAAUAAUACUCUUGUUAACUCUAUUCAAAGGCAAUGCAGCCUUGCGAAUCAAAUAAUAUCUGUGGAAAGGGUGAACCACUACAUGGACAUACAAAGUGAACCAGAAGUUAUUGAAGAAAACCGUCCGGCACCAGAUUGGCCCCAAGUUGGCUGUGUGGAGCUUAGAGAUUUGAAGAUUAGGUACAGGGAAGACGCACCCCUUGUACUACAUGGUAUCACUUGCAAGUUUGAAGGUGGAGACAAGAUUGGUAUAGUUGGUCGAACAGGAAGUGGCAAGACAACUUUAAUUGGUGCAUUGUUCCGCCUUGUUGAACCUGCUGGAGGGAAAAUAAGUAUUGACUGUGGACAUCACUACGAUAGGCUUACAUGA